CGGAAACAUUUUAUGGUGACUCAGGAAGUGAAUCUGUCAAAUUACAAAACUUUAGAGCAAGCUUGGCCCGUGUUGUGAACUAACGUAUUUUUUUGUUAGCGUAAAUUAAAACGAAACAUUUAAUCAGAUAACAAACCAGAAAGACUGUCUUGUUAACAUCAUUUUGUUUUCCGUUUAUAUAAAAAUAAAUCUGCAACAGGACAAAAUUAGUUGGUGUCAGAUCAAAGUCUGUUCGCUGACUGACUGAACGAGAUCACUUCGCUGUCACAGUCGCAGAUCUCUUGGAAUAUGGCAGAUCCUGAGCCGACACCUGGGGACGGUCUCCCCAGAAUUCUGAACUUUAACCUGGGCGUGCUGGGACAUGUGGACAGCGGAAAGACGUCUCUGGCUCGAGCCCUGAGCAGCACCGCGUCCACGGCGGCCUUCGACAAGAACCCACAGUCCAAAGAGCGCGGCAUUACAUUGGACCUGGGAUUCAGCGCCUUCACUGUUCCCCUGCCUGAGCACAUGAGGCAGAGCUGUGGGGAAUACGACAGUCUGCAGUUCACGCUGGUGGACUGUCCAGGACAUGCCUCCCUCAUUCGCACCAUCAUUGGCGGGGCUCAGAUCAUUGACCUGAUGUUGUUAGUGGUCGACGUUGUGAAAGGUAUGCAGACGCAAACAGCAGAGUGCCUCCUGAUUGGUCAGCUCACCUGUUCACACAUGAUCGUCAUCCUCAAUAAAACGGACCUGUUGCCCAGUGACAAGAGACAGAGUGCCAUUGAGAAGAUGACCAAGAGGAUGCACAAAACCUUGGAAAACACUAGAUUUAAAGGUUGCCCGGUCAUUGCCGUGGCAGCAAAGCCAGGGGGACCUGAGGCUCCAGACACAGCUGAAGCACAGGGAAUCACUGAGCUCAUAGAGCUGCUAAAAUCCCAGGCGUUCCUACCUCAGAGAGACCCAUCUGGUUCUCUGCUACUGGCAGUGGAUCACUGUUUCUCCAUCCGUGGCCAGGGAACAGUCAUUACAGGCACUAUCCUGCAGGGGGCACUGCGUGUCAAUGACACACUAGAGAUACCUGCACUCAAGGUGACUCGUAAGGUGAAGUCGAUCCAGAUGUUCCGUAAGCCAGUUCCUAGUGCGAUACAAGGAGAUCGGGUCGGCGUGUGUGUCACACAGUUUGACCCAAAGAUGUUGGAGAGAGGGGUGGUGUGUACACCUGGUUCACUGCAUACCAUUCAUGCCGCCAUUAUUUCUGUAUGGAAGAUCGAGUACUACCGUGGUGCACUUAGCAGCCGAGCAAAAUUCCACAUCACCGUUGGACAUGAAACAGUCAUGGCACGCGUGUUAUUCUUCAGCCGGGCUUCUCUAAGUGCUGACUCAGGAGCAGCGUCUCCUACAGAACAGAGCGCAGAGGCUUUCUCAUUUGACUGGGAGUUUUGCCACCAGGAGGAGUAUUUGACUGGCCAGGGAGAACCCGAAGGGAGGUAUCCAGCGCAGUGGGCAUUAUUAGAGUUUGAACGGCCUGUCACAUGUCCACCACUCUGUUUGGUGAUUGGCUCACGGUUGGACUCUGAUAUCCACAGCAACACAUGCAGACUUGCUUUCCACGGAAAGCUGUUGGACGGCUUCGAGGACAAAAAUUAUGUGGACAGCGCGUUGCCCAGGCUCAAAAUCAGUAAAGACAAGCACAAAGAAGGAGCAGUGGAACGGGUGACAGACGACUACACUGUGAUUGGUAAAAACCUGUUCAAGAAAGAGACCAACCUUCAGCUGUUUGUGGGGUUAAAGGUCACACUUUCUUCAGGAGAGACAGGGGUCAUUGAAGGCAGCUUUGGACAGAGUGGCAAAAUCAAAAUUAGAAUUCCAGGAUUAUAAUCUAUCGAUGCCUUUCGUUUGAAAAGUUUCUCCUGUGGUUCAGACUGAUGCUGUUUUGGAUUGUGGAGUUGGUAAAGAUAAGUAACUUUGAGCUACACAAUUAUCCGAUUUAAUUCAGUUCAAUUCAAUUCAAUAUAGAAAUACCAAUAAUAACCAGACAAAAUGAGAUAUAAUAGCGUGAACACUUACAAUCACAGUUAUAACUGUAACACACACUUACAAUGCUACAGUGCUGAACAGCACUAUAAUGAAUCAUGAAUAACACAAUCCAUUUAUACCACCUAACCUGUAGUUAGGUAAUAUAAAAGCUCUAUAGAAUGUGGUAGAACAAUAUAAAGGACCUGAUAUUUUGGUUGAUAAUCUGUAAUAAACUUUCAGUUUGUCUCAUCUGUCAGUAAGUUUGCAGUGAAGCAGCUCAAUUUUAAUUCUUAAAUACCACCCUGGGUCACUUCUGACUUUUGACGUCAUUCCUGCUCUUUUCCAUGCCUAAUUUGUUCAGUAAGGGUUCUUUCCUUACAAUUCUUGUCCGGCUGUUUCCCAAUUUGCUCACUGAUGAGCUACAUUUUAACCCAGAGUUCUAUAAAGCUGCUUUGUGACAAAGUUUGUUAUUAAAUACACUAUACAGUUAAAACUGCAGUGAAUUCAAUUUAUCAACAGCGUAUAGAUACCAUAACACCGAACUAUAGAAUCAGUUGUGUUUUUGUGUUAGCAAAGUGAUCACAAAGUGCAAUUAGUUAGUUAUUAGCAAACAAGAUUCUUAAAUGUGAAGCUCAAAGUUGUACUAAUUUACUGAUAUUUACUAAUAUUGUUUACUAUAGUGCAGUCCCUGAAAAAUAUCUUUGAACAGGACGUUAUAUAGCACUCCAUGUAAUGUAGCAUUUUACACAAAUUGCUGAGAGAAACCUAUGAAUUCAUGUUAGAAUAAUGUGAAGGGGUCUCAGUACUGUCUGAAUGCACUAUGUAUGUGCUGGGCUGUUAACAGUGGUAGCUAAAACUAUAAUACAAAGUUAAUAACAAUUAUGUUAUAGUGAUACAAUUUUUUCACACAAAGUGUAUUUUAGGGCAUAUGUGAGGAUUUGUGUUCUCUGUUUUCAGUGUGCUAAGGCACUUUCUUUUUCUCUUCAUUC